CAAAACUUCACGCGGUCUAUGCCAGAUGAAAGGAACAACCGCGGUCUAAGCAUAGACCGCGGUGUGCUAUCUGUCAAAAAUUUGUAAACAUCUUGUAGUGUUGUUUUUGUUUUUCUGGCCGGUUCUCAAGUAAAUAAAUAUUCAGAAUGUAUCCAAACCGUUCAGUGCUUGAUUGAAAUUAUGUAACAAAGAAAAAUGCCUCACGAAGACAUAAUUCAUCGCGUAAAAAAUAGACAUGCGAGCGUGAAUACAGUGUACCAUUGCUUGUACGCGUAUUAUUUCCUUGGAAUGAAUCGUGCAGCCUUAGCAAAGACGUUCGGAAAAUCCAAGUCCAUCGUAUGCAGUUGGAUACGCAAAUAUGAACGAGACGGGUUUUUUUCACGGAAGCUCCGAAAGCAGGUUUAUCGGCGAUUUGGUGUUGAACAGCGACAAUGGCUAUUGGAUCUUUACUAUAAGAAACCGGUGAUUUUCAUAGAUGAAGCACGUAGUCGUUUCCUGAACCAUUUUAAAACAUCUAUAAGUGCUGCUUCGGUUAUCCGCAUUUUGAAAUCCGCUGGACUUACCUGUAAAAAAAAUGAGCGGCGAGCGAUUCAAAUCCGAAAGGCUGAUAUACUCAGGUAUGCCGAUGAGCUGGAUGCAUUCAAGUGGGAAUUACAUCAAAUUGUUUUCAUUGAUGAAGUUUCUUUCGAUUCCCGAGACAUGCUACGGAAUUACGGAUAUGGGGUGAAAGGCCAAAAAAUCAUUUAUCGUGGUGAGUUUAACCGUCGCCCACGUGAAUCUUAUUUAUGUUUCUUGGGACAAACCGGAGUGCUGGAGUCAUACAGAACGGAAGGAACAUUCACACGUAAGAAGUUUUUCGAGUGUAUUCGGAAGUUUGCGAUUCAGAGUGGAAUGGCAGAGACGUAUCCAGGACGACACUCCAUCUGGGUAAUGGACGGUGCACGAAUACAUUGUGAUAGAAACAUCAUAUUGUAUUUGCGAUCAUUGGGAAUACUACCGAUAUUUUUACCUGCAUAUUGCCCAAUGUUUAACCCGAUUGAGGUAAUUUUUGGAAUUUGUAAAAAAUAUCUUAAAAGACACUACACCGAAAACAGUAAGAAACCAUUAUCUGUGACAAUAACGGAGACUUUCGUUAAAUUUAGAAAUUACUCUUGUACGAAACUCUUUCACAAAUGUGGAUAUGUUCAUGGAGGCCAUUUUGAUCCCAAUAUCGGCCUCGAUCAGUCUCUCAAUGAUUUUGGAUUCGAAAUAGGCAAAUAAAUUAUGAGAAAGAAUAAUUUGUUUUAUUUUUCAUUCAAACUUUAUUUCAGUUAACUAUGAUCAAAAUCCAUCAUAUCUCCAACCUCUUCGCUCAACCGU